UUGGCCGGUAUAGCCAAAGACGGUACCCUAGGAACAUUUAUCUGGCAGAGUGAAGUCUUCUCCUUGCUUGUCCCCAUGCUAAUGGACGUGACGAACCCGCUGUCUCCAAGAGCUAACGCGUUCUCCAUCGCUUCGCUCAUGUCAGGACCCGGUGCGGAAGCAAUGUUCAUGGGAAUACCCCCUCUUGUCCCACCACAGAGGAGUACAGACUGUUACUUUGACUGGAGCCAAGGAGGAACAUACCCGACUGUCAAGACAAUGGAAGCAUGUCUCCUCAACACAAACGCCGGCAGAGCGUUAUACGACGUCGCCAGAUACGACUCGCAGCAAGAACAUCCAGGCUGUCGUCUUUCUUCUCAAGAUACAGACCUUAACAAACCUGAACUGGAUUCGAACUCGGACAAAGCUGGCAGCCCAACAUCCUUCAAGUCCGAAUCCCCUAAGAAACCUCUACACCCCAAGUUAGCCAAUGUUUCCGUACAGCUGGAGAUGAAGGCUUUAUGGGACGAAUUUGAUGAACUCGGCACCGAGAUGAUCGUCACCAAGGCAGGGCGACGGAUGUUCCCCACAUUCCAAGUCCGUCUGUUCGGCCUUGACCCCAUGUCGGAUUUCAUGGUGAUGAUGGACUUCGUCCCCGUGGACGACAAGAGGUACAGGUACUCCUUCCACAGUUCCAGCUGGGUGGUGGCCGGCAAGGCUGACCCCCACAUGCCGGGGCGGAUCCACGUCCACCCUGACUCUCCAGCCAAAGGUUCCCAGUGGAUGAAGCAGAUCGUGUCAUUUGACAAACUGAAGCUGACGAACAAUCUCCUGGAUGACAACGGACAUAUAAUUCUGAACUCGAUGCACAAAUACCAGCCUCGCUUCCACGUGGUGUACGUCAGUCCGAAGACAGAGGAGUCUUCAGCCACGGAGAACUUCAAGACGUUCAUCUUCCAGGAAACCAAGUUCAUGGCCGUCACUGCUUAUCAAAACCACAGGAUCACGCAGCUGAAGAUUGCCAGUAAUCCAUUUGCCAAAGGGUUCAGAGACUGUGAUCCUAAUGACUGUAUGGUUGAAGUCCUGUCUCAUCUGAACCCUUGCUCCUCCAGGACAAGGACUACCCACAGACAGAACCCUCUGACUGUCCUCGGGGGAGUCGGCAGAAAGAGAGGGCCAGAUGACAAAGGAGACUGUGCUGGAGAAGACAUAGGUUCAUUGGUUGCCCCUCCAGGAAUCAACCCCAGCCUCCACACAGGCCUUCAGUACGGCAGACCGACACAAAUGUACACAGACUGUUUUGCUUAUGCCCCUUAUAGCACAGACCCAUACAUGGCCUCAAACAAGGCCCGUUCAAGCCCCUAUUCACGAAACAUGGACUAUUCAUCACCAGCAUAUGCCCCCAGGGUCAAGGGUAUCUACACAGGCCCGAACAACUUGAGCUAUGGCUUUGAGAACCGGUGAUGACGUUAAUGUGUUUCUUGACUUGUCUGUGAAAAGUGAGGGACUGAAGCUGAUAGCUUCUUGUCAAAUCUGUUCUACCUGGAGAAAUCUUGGGGAUCACAUUCAGGUGUACAUGUAAGUUGUGUGAUAUAGCUGACAGAAUAUCACAGAGCUGUCCCUGCAUCAUCACAUAUUAAGAACAGUUGAUACAGUUGAUUGAAGGAUCGGUGAAAUGAUUGAUUGCAAUCCAAGACCAAUGGCGCACCUCAGCUUCUUCACGAACAUCCAGUGUAUACUGAUAUUUGUUGCUUCUGAAAAAUAUGUCCCAAGGAUGAUGUUUGAAAUUACAUCACUUUUGUUACACAACUAGACACAAAUCUGUGAUUUAUUUCUUAUUUCUUGUUCCUGAACAGAACAUUACGUCAUAAUGAAAUGAAGAAGUGCUGCUAUCUUGCCCUGUGAUUACACGAAGUGGAUCUCGACCAGACAUAUGCCUGGUGCGGUGGUUACAAGCGUACUGCAUCAAACUGUUAUAUAUAUCUCAUGGACAGCUAUAGAUGGUGAAAGGCCUCUACCUCCUCCAGCAACUGUUAGUCUGUCAUAUCGCCCAUAUGUAUAGACACUGAACAUACAACAGUUGAAGAGGUUUGCUUGUGUGAUUAUAGUAAACGUGUUUAUGAUGAAAGGUUAUUAUGUCAUAUUUAUUAUGCAUUUUACAAUAAAAAUAUUGCUUCUGA